AAAAAGGAAUAAAGCCCAACCCAAUAAAAAUAGAUGGGCCAAGUGGGCCCAAUAGUGGCCGCCGUUUCCUCGUCAGAGAAGAGUGAGUGAGCAAUAGUAAUCGGGUAAUGGAUAUGGUGCCGGUGGUGGUGCGUUCCGCCUCUCACGUCUCCGCCUACCGAUACUUGGACUACCGCCGCGGUACCUCCCCACGCUUCCGAGUAAGGUUAGGGCCAAGCUCCCAUUUGAGCAGCAAGAUGCCAAGUAUUACCAACACCUGGAGGCUGCUGUCCACGUUGUUCAGAGGGCUUGCCGUCUCUGCCUCCAUGUAUUACAUCAAUUAUAUUCUUUUCCUUUCCUUCAGGCAUUCCAAAUAUUAUGUGUCAUGCACUUUGCAGGUGAAAUCAUCUCUCUUUUCAACCGACGCCAAUGUUCAUCAAAAGAAUGACCAGACUCCCGUCACCGUCGCAGAUUUCGGAGUUCAGGCUCUCAUCAGUUUCGAGUUAAACAAGCUGUUCCCUUCAAUACCUCUGGUGGCUGAGGAGGACUCUGCCUACUUGCGAUCAAGAAACUUAGCAGGUUCCGUGCUUGAUGCAAUCACUGCUAUAGAUAGUCCCACUUCCAAACCCUUGACACAAGAUGAUGUGCUGGAAGCAAUUGAUAGAGGUGGCGAAGAUGCUUUUUUAUUUGGAUCAGAACCGGCCACGUAUUGGGUGCUUGAUCCAAUUGAUGGCACACGUGGAUUUGUAAAAGCUGGCAAAGCCUUAUAUGUGGUUGGUUUGGCUCUUGUGGUUGAGGGAGAGAUUGUAGCUGGUGUUAUGGGCUGCCCCAACUGGCAGGAAGAUUUUUCCAAGAAAUCCCCAGCUGAACUUGAGGAGGUUGCAGACAUGCUUUCUGCAUCAGGAACUAUAAUGAUUGCUCACAUAGGCUGUGGAACGUGGACAAAAAGGUUGAAUAGUAUGCCGAAAUUACCUAGUGUUUGGACCAGAUGUUUUGUGGAUGGGUCUAACUUAGUACAGAAGGCACACUUCUGUAUUCCAGAUAGCCAAACUUGGGAAUCUUUGCCACUAUCGUCAUCAUUUAAUGCAACAAACAAUGUCGAUGAUGUGGGGGACAACCAAGUUCUUCUUUUGGCAACAUGUUGUGGAAGUUUAUGCAAGUAUUUGAUGGUGGCCUCGGGUAGGGCAUCUGUUUUCAUUCUCCGAGCAAAAGAGAAGACCAUUAUAAAGGCUUGGGACCAUGCUGUUGGCAUGAUAUGCGUUCAUGAAGCUGGUGGAAAGAUAACUGACUGGAGCGGGAGUGAAAUAGAUCUUGCUGCAGAUCAAGCUGGUCGGCGGGUUAUAUUUCCGUUCGGGGGAGUCCUUGUCACCAACGGCUGUUUACAUCAUCAGAUUCUGGAAAUUAUCUCUCACUCUACAACUUCAUCACUUUGAUGUUGUGGAUUGAUCAUUUAUUCAUUUUUAAAUAUUUUAAUUUGGCUAUAAUUCCCUCCGGUCAAACUAUCCUCGCCAAAUGAGGAGGUUGAUAAAGUGAAAAAAUAAAAAUUAUAAAUUCAAUGGUGCUAAACUCUCAUUUUCUCACUCUAUUAAUCUUCCCAUUGUAAAGAAUCUUUUCCCACAACCCCCCUCCCUCUCUCUCAAGUGUCUACACAAUUGCCAUUUCAAUUAAUUACCCAACAUAUUCUUAACUGUAAUCACAUAAAUGAAUUGAACCCCUAUUUUAUCAUCAUGUAACUGGUUACAAAACAAUUUUUUGUAGGUGCUUACUUUGAUGCACAUUGGAAAUAUACAGAUAUAGAGGAGAGAGUAAAAAUCAUGUUUUUUUUUUAGAUAUUUUUGUUUCUUUUUUUUCUUUUUCUUU